CUUGUGAUGAGGGUCCCGAGAGAGUAAUUGACCUAAAUAAACGUACUCCUUCACAUACUCUAGAUGGCUGACUGGCGAUCACGAAUUCUUGUUUCCUUUCCAGGCUAUUUUACAUGUCGUUAAAGGUUAGCUGGUCGUCAAAAAUAGCCGCCCAAAUCCGGCCAGAAAACCCAAACAUGGCUAAGCAAAUGAAGAAAACUACCUUUUAUGCCGCCACAUAUAUUUUGAAUAAUUUCGUGUUUACUCCGAGACGCGUCAACAUUGUGAUGAUUUGUAUCACUCAAGUGUAGAAGUUGCGAUUUUAUUUGAUGCUGGACAACGAAAAAGUUGCAAUUCAAUAAGGCAUACAUAGCUGAGUCACAAAAUAUUUGGAUCUGCUAUUCACAAAAAUGUAUACAUAGCAUGACGUGUUUACUUUUAUUUUCAGGUGGGUCCGAAGGAAGUACACAUUCUGGAACGACAAAGGCAUUGCAUACCUUACAUUCUGGCAGUAUCUGCGGUUUUGCAUCGACCUGUACACUAAGUUCUUACCAGGGCGCUACGCCAACACUUGUCGUUUCCGAACCUGAGAUUCUACGCGAGAUCCUGGUGUCCAAGUUCAAGAACUUUUCGGACAGAUCGGAAUCACAACGCGUCAGCAGCGAAGUAUGGCGCAAGUCCAUCAUGAACUUGUCCGGUGAGGAGUGGAAGAAAGCCCGGAACAUCUUCACACCGUCACUGACCACUACACGGCUCAAGACGCUUUCGCUGAAAAUCAAAACCAUAGCUGAAAGAACGGCGUCUCGGGUUGCAGAGGCGGCUGCGCAGGACAAACUUGUCAACAUCUCUGAGCUCAUUGACCACGCAUGUCUCGACACCACGGCUGCUCUGAACUACAGCGUUGACCUUGACAGCGAGAACAACAAGGACCAUCCGUUGAUGAAGUGCCUGGGAGCCUUAUUUGCCAACGCGGCCGGUUGGAAAUACUUGAUGAUGUUCAUGAUGCCUGGUGUGUACAAGAUGUUGGAGCCAAACUACCCACCGAAGUCAAGCAGCGAUCUCUUUAAAGCCUUCGUUUCACACCUCAUGGAAAAGCGGAAGGCCAACAAUAUGAAAGAAGAUGACUUCCUUCAGGUGUUUAUGGAUGCAGACUAUGACUGGGACGGCAGCGCUGACGGAAAGAAAGACAGCGGAGAAAAGAAACAGAUGACACUGGAUGAGAUAACAGCCCAGGGAAUACUGUUCUUCCUCGCCGGAGCGGAGAGUGUGGCGACGGCUCUUAUCUUCACUGUAUACUACCUGGCACUUCACCCGGAGUACCAGAACAACGUCAUCGCCGAAGUCGACAAGGCUGCAGGUCCGAAGGGUGACCUUACAUACGAGUCACUGCAAGAAAUGCCCUUCCUCGAGGCAUGCAUCAAGGAGGCGAUGCGCCUCACCGCAACGGAAUCAGUAAUUUUGCGUCUGUGUACGGAAGAAACCACCGUGGCCAACAUCAACUUCAAGCCAGGCAUGUGCGUCGACAUUCCUUCGGCUGGUAUUCAUCGCGAUCCUGAAUAUUUUCCUGAGCCGGACAAGUUCAAUCCAGAAAGAUUCCUACCGGAAAACAAGGACAGCAUAAAGCCGUUCACAUUCAUGCCUUUCGGUUAUGGACCGCGCAGCUGCAUUGGCAUGCGACUAGGCAUGCUGCAGGUGAAGACAGCCGUCGCCUGCCUCCUUCGGCGAGUGAAACUUGAAGCUUGCUCCGAAACUAUGAACCCCCCCAAGUUCAAGCCACGGCAACUCCUUCAAGUCACGGACGGGCCGAUUGUUCUCCGGGCCAUUCUGCGCAAAACGCUGGCGAGCUGAGUUGCGCGCCAAUAGCGUAGAGGCUUCUUUUGGAAUUACAGAUGGCAGCUUCGCACACUAUAAGAAAAGUAGAAGUGGCUCCGGUUUUCAGAGUUCUUAAGCUAGUGGUUGAGUUGAGUGGUUAUAUAAAGGCUACUGGUGGGAUUAGCCUUGCAGUUGCUGCCGGCAACUGCAAGGCUCCACCGUAACGAAACUUAAAUAAACUACAUAAAUCAGACACAGACCUCAUAAUUACAAAUAGUCACUCCUAAGGUUACCAUGUGGAGGCCGAAUCCGUGUCCUGCAGGCAAUUUAAAAGAAGGCGAGAAACCUCCUUCCUACACAACUGGUUCCCGCGCGGGAAAAAAAAUAGCCUGAAGAGAACUGUGAGGAAUUCUUGUCUUCUUGAGGGACCCGAAUAACACACUCCUUUCCGCGUUAUACAGAGUACAGCACAUGAGGUGAUGUCCUAAGUCACCGCACACACCACAUGUUGAACAUAAUGGAGACAACGCCAGGCCAGUCUUAUACAUCCCCGCAGGGGUACGAGCAGAGCCCGUGCGAAUGCGGAGCAGUAAAGUGGCUUGCUUUCUUUUGAGACCCUUGGUCACACAUGGCUAGUGAGGUGAGCUCGACAAAGAACUGAAGGGGCACAACACCGCUUCUCUAAAGAGACUCUUGUCCUCUUGAGGCACUUUUCUCAAUGGAUUCCCAGACAGCGCUCUAUGGGCGAGACUGUCCGCCAUCUCGCUGCCUAUGAUAUCUAUGUACGGGGCCACCCAUGGGAAGCGUAUGGAGAAGCCUUUGAUAUGGAGAUUGUGCACCAAGCGUAGGGAGCUAAGACAUAAGAUAUCAGUAGGGAACCCAUGCUCUCAACUUUAAAGGGCGGAUUUUGAAUAUGUAAGAACUACAACAGGUUGAGGCGUACAAAACCGUAGCUUCUUUAGAGCUGCCUCAAUGGCAACGCUUUCGGCCGUUGUGGAGGACACGACUGCAGUGAAGCGAACAGACCAAUCAUACUUCAAAGAGGCAAUGUGAAAAGCAGCUGUACUAGAUUCUCUUACUUUGUCCACAGAGCCAUCAGUAAACAUUUGAAAAUGACGUGCACAUUCAGUCUCAAGAUGUUCCAAUACGUGCGAACGCGUUGCUGCCAAAGGAGAACUCCGCUUAGCGCGAACGGAGGAAUUGCCAACAAACAAUCGAGGAUCGCGAAUGACCAAAGUGGUUUCAACCUCUUAGUUCGACCUCAAGCGUCAAGACCCAGGUAACCAAGAGUACUAAGGGCCAAGUACGCUCGGGACUCAGAACUCUUUCGCCCGGCUACCAUCUGUUUGAGGCGGUCGAUUUGCAUCAAUAACCUUUGUGAAGCGGCUAGGCUAAGAGGUCUCGAUAGAGACUCAUAAAUUACUGCAUUGUUAGGAGCAGUCUGUGGAACGCCAAGAGCCCUCCUUAGGCCGUUUCUGUGCAAAACCUCAAGUCGUUCCAGCUGUGAUAGCGAGGGGGAAAUUAAAUGGAACUGGUACAUUA